AAAAUUCGAAUAUGCGCGGUAAGAAAGAAGAGGGAAAUUUGUAAACAAAAACAAACCUCUGAAAUUUUGUUUUGUGUUGAACUUGGUUGACAGAAAAUGGAAAACAAAAAUUCGGCCUGAAACUAUUGUAUCAACAAUGUCCGAAAGAAAAUCUGGACGGGCAAGAAAGGUAGUUGAUUACACAAAAUUUGGAGCAGAUGAUUUAGAUGAUGACUUUGCUGACAGCACUCCACCUCCCUCAAAGAAGCCUCGUUUGUCAAAUAAAGAAAACAAAGAGAAAAAGACAAGCAAAAAAGUACCGAGGGAAAAUGAUAAUGUUCAACACAAAAAUGUCAGUCGUAAAUCUGUAGAAGAAAGGCGUUAUGAGCGUGAGCUACAGGAAGCAUUAGAGUUGUCAAUGAGCCAAUCAGAUCCUUCCCAGGAAUCUGCCACUGCUACUUCAGAUAAUGACAAAGGUCAGAAUGAGGCUCCACCUGUGAUAAAUGAUACAAACCAGAAUGAGGCGCCACCUGUGAUUGAUGAUACAAACCAGAAUGAGGCUCCAUCAAUAAUCAUCCAGGAUGAUGAAAGGGAUGCCCCCUCUCCAAUAUUGCCUGUGAUGGGAUUUCCCCCAGUAUUGCCAAGAAUGACAAAAUGUGAUGAUGAAAUUGAAGUGUUAGAGACAGAUAUUGAGGCUGUGCCGUCAUCACGUCGUGGAGCAAGUAAGAAAAAGAAGUACAUAGACUCGGACUCAGACUCUGCUGCUGAAGACUUUGAAAUAGAUCUUAGAAAGUUUUUAAGCAGCCCUCUGACUCCUAAAGUUAGAAAGAGAAAUAAAGAUAGUGACAGUGAUUUUGCUCCUGAGGAUGAUGAUAGUUUAGAUGAUGAUGAUAAUGAUGAUGAUGAAGAUGAUUAUAAUCCUGAAGACAGUGAUAGUGACUUUGGAUCAUCUAAAAAGAAGAAAUCAACUAAAAAGCCUGCUGCAAACACUACAAAAGCCACAACAAAAAUUGCAAAAGCUACAACAAAAACUACAAAAGUUACAGCAGGGACUACUAAAACUUCAGGACCAAAAGCAACAAAAAUAACAAAAUCUGUAGCAACCAGUAAACCAGGAGUUACACAUAAACCUCUAGCAACUAGCAGUCCAACAACUAAUAGAACUCCCACCUCUGGUUCAGCUGCUAAUAAAACUUCUAAUUGGAAACCUCCAGGUAUGGCUGGCAAAUCACCAUCUGUGUCAAAUACAAAAGCUACAAAUAGUGUAAUUGGCAAAUCGCCAAUUGGUAUAAACAAUAAGGCUAGACCAUCAAUCAGCAACAGUGUUGGAAAGUCACCACUAGGUGGAGUUAACAUUAAAUCUCCCAGCUCAGGACUCAGAAUUGGACUGUCAAGAAAUAUGAAAUUAAAACCGUUACAUCCAAAUCUAAAGAUGCAACAAUGAGAGUGGUGGUUUUUAAUUUAGGAUGUAAAUAAUAUUUAUAUAAGGAAAUAUGUUGUUUAGAAUGAAAAAAGGCAAUACAUUAGUGAUUUUCAUGCAAGUAUUUCAAGGAAUAAACUUCUUCUUGUGCAAGAUGUUACAGAUGAAAAAGUUGAUAUGUCAGUUUUGCUAAAAUUGGAUUUCUUCACAGCAAAUUGUAAACAGGAAAAAUGACAUCAAAUUUAAUUUUUCGUAAUUAUUUGAAUAUUUGGCCGAUAUUAGAAUAGUCAUUCCCAUCUCUGCUAAAUACUGAACACUUUUGCAAAGAACACUUACAAGAACACUGGUGCUCAUAUUUUAUCUUAUUGUUUAUUUGAAAUUUUAUCUGAUUUUAAAUAAGAGUCCUUAUCAUGAAAUUAUUUAUAUUGGUUUUUGCUUGUCUUUGUUUUUGUUCAUAAGUUAACUCAUAGAUGAUAUUUUGUUGUUUUUCUUCAUUCUUAAGUGUGGUAAAAAAUUUCAGUAAAGACAGAGUCACAUGAAUAUUUCUAAUGAAAUCAUGGUCUUCAAAAGGGCUUUGUUCACAGGUUAACUGUGGUAGAGGUGUUGCUUCAUUCUUGAAAUUGAGGAAGACUGCCGCAAUAGCAUUACAGCACAGACCAAGUAACAAUAAUAUAAGUUGCAAAAGAAAAGUAAAGAUAUUUCUUAAAAAGGAACUUAUUUUUCUUCGAAAUUUAAUCUGAAAGAGUUAUGACUAAAAUAAUCAAAUGGAAUGGGAUAUUUUGUACAUUGUAUUGAAAUUCUCAGGUUUUUAAGAUAUUUCAUUUUUUUUUUUAAACAAAGUACAUGUAAUCAUUGAAAAACGAUAUUUAUUUGUACUAUUGAAGAUUAUUGCUUGUGAUCUCUUAAUAAAACAAAUUGA